CGCGGUCUGAUUUGGUCACCAUUGGAUGCUAGCUUCAGUCCCACUGCUUGCUCCUCAGAAUAUUCAGAUCCUGUCCCUGACAUGCCAGAAGCUCUCACAGACAGUGACACAGCUCACACUGUCACCAGCAGACCAGGCUUGUUCAAGAUCAUUUGCCCUAUCAAUGUUGACCAUUUCCAAGCGCUGCUAGCUGAGCAUCCUGACCAGCCGUUCAUUAUUUCAGUGUGUUGGGCUUUAUGUGAAGGCUUUUGGCCUUGGGUGGAUGUUCCUCAUGAC